AAUAAUCCUAUGUAGACCCACAGUCCACACCAUGCUUUCAAUUAAUUUCUUAGUGGAGCAAGAAAGGAGGCCACCAGUAAAGUAUGGCAAUUUUCUGCAUCAAGUAUGGAAGCAAUUUAUGAGGCAUUAAUUUAUAGUAACAUAUAACAAUCAACUUUGGUUCAUCAAGCUCUAUCCAAAUUCAAUCACCAAAUUUAAUCCUCUCCCUAUUAUGUAAGUACUUUAUAUACCAAAUUGAAUUUGGUUUGUUCAAAUUUGUCAACAAGUUAUGAUCAAGGUGAACUUCUGCAUCCUUUUGCUACUAUGUUUGAAAAGUUGAUACCAAAUUGAAUUUCGUUUGUUCAAAUUUAUCAACAAGUUAAGAUCAAGGUGAAAUUCUGCAUCCUUUUGCUACCAUGUUUGAAAAGUUGAGUAGACUGAGCCAUGAUCUAUUGCAGCUUCUGAUUUGUUAGUGGUUGAAAUCCUAAAGGGUAAUGAUCAGGAUUGGUCAUGCCACAGGUUUGGUUCUAUUGUUACUAGUAUUAUUAUUAUUAUUAUUAUACUACUGGUGAGUAAAUUAAAGUAACUAGAGCUUGAAAUUUCAACUGCCUUUACUGGGGAAGAAGCCUAAUUGAGUAUUGAAAAGUAAGAAACGAAAGACUUUCACAGUGGUUUUGGAGCAAUGGGUGGUUCUUCUUGCUUUUUCAUAAUAUGUGUUCUGCAUUCUGCGAUAGCUUUGACUUGUGGAUCACUGAUGGUUUUUUAUUCCAAAGAGAUAAGGGUGUUGGGGCAUGGACCAAAGACAGCAAGCAAGCUUCAAGGGUCAACACCCCAUGAUCAGCUUUUGAUCCAAACCUCAGAUUCCUUCUCUGGCUUGCUGUUGUUCACAAUAGGCUUCCUUGUGUUCAUGGUUGCUUGUGUUAAGGACUGGGAGUUCCAGAGUUUCUUUGCCAAAGGGUGUGUGCUUCUUCACAUCUCUAUGGCUGUGUGGAGAUUCUACUUUGAAGGAAAGCUUGAGGAUCUUGCACAUGACUGGCCUAGGCAUGCUGUUGGGGACAUUGCAUUGGCCACUUCCUGGCUUUUCUUUCUUGUGUACAUGUGGAGGGAGAAGUAUGAUUAGUUAGUUAUUGUUGUAAAGUACUAUAAAUGUUAGGGUCUUACAUCUGAAGAAAAAUCUUUGGUUUUGUGUUGUGAUGCUUGUUGGAUUCCUUUGUGUACAUCUGGUAGAGUUUUCAGUGUAAAUUUAUCCAUAAUUGACACCUCUAAGUUAAGAGUAAAGUAAAUAAUCCAGUAUAUUUCAACACAUUU